CCCUCUCCGGCCACCGUCGAUCAAAACCUGUCACCCCCCCUUUUCACUUACUUUACUACCCAUUUUAGUUCAGCUUUCAGUUUUAUAGCUCGCAUGGCCACCUCUGUAAAGGGCCUCUUAAAAGGAUUAAGAUACAUUUCACAGAUUUUCGAUGAAAAAGAACCAGAAAUGCAGAUUGGUCUUCCCACUGAUGUUAAGCAUGUUGCUCAUAUUGGAUGGGAUGGUCCAUCUGGGAAUCAAAACAAUACACCUAGUUGGGUGAGAAUUAAUCUAUGGCUGCCUUUUUGGUUUUGUUUUUCUUCAAGUUUUGUGAAUAUGGAUUUGGAUUUUUUUGGGUUUUUUCUUUUUUUCUUUUCUUUUUUUUUUUUUGGCAAAAUUGAGCAGAUGAACGAGUUUAAAUCUUCACCAAAAACUCAAACCUCAGGCGAUUUGGUUAAUUCUAUUGGGGAACUUGAUCUUUCUUCUGCUAAUAUCCCCAUUCAAGAGUCUGGGGAGCUAGAUGUUCAUAAGGCAAGUCGAGCACCAAGGUCGAAACGCCAAACUUCGUCAGAGUCUUCAUCAGGUUUAGACUCUUCAUCUGCUCGGCGGAACUCUGAGAAGGGCUCUAGACGACAACGUUCAUCGUGCCCUUCAGCUGACUCUGGCCCUCAGGAAGGUAGUUCUCGAAGUUCACGACGUCGUCGUGGUUCAAAUCAUGGAGCUGAAUCAAGCACAGAAAAUCCUAUCCCCAAACACUCGCAUCGGAGGAAAUCUAAGGGGUCGUCCGACAGUAGUGAAUCAACGAAAUCAUCUAGAUCAGGAGACAAUAACUCUUUAGCAGACAUACCUCUCCCAGUUUUGGAAGCAGUGGAUGAAGAGAAAGGAUGAGCAGAAUUCCAAACAAGGAACUAAACAGCAUUCUACUUGGGCUGGCUGCUUCAAAUGGUUCCUUGCC